CUGUUCUGAAACCCCCUUUCAGCACGACAGCUUCAUCAUGAAUAUAGUGUUGUGAUUUAUAUUUUACUGCUUUUUAAAAAUGGCCUUGACAACCCUACUUUUCUCUACGCGGGAAUGAAAUCUGGUACUUAUCCGAUGGCAUGAGCACAAUAAUUUAGCAUGUAGCAUAUUUAGGCGAGUAAAAAUGCUGGAGCGCAUGCAUGGGGCAUUAUUAUGAUGCAUUGCUAUGGUUUCUCGAUGAGCGGGAAAUCUCUUUUAACUCCUUUCCAGCACCUCUCCAGCAAUAAAAAACGUCCCACAACUCUUUAGUCUAACUCUCCAACAUUCCUUUAUCCUUCAUGUCGAUAUCAUCAGCAUUACGAGACACGAUUUACGGCGUAACAUCAUGCUGCUUUCCCAAUCCAACAAUACAAAUCAACAAAAAGACGUUUAAAGUGGUUCGACUUCUUGGCGAAGGAGGAUACGCUUUCGUUUAUCUCGUGCAAGACGUCCCAACCGGUCGUCUUUAUGCCCUUAAGAAAAUACGCUGCCCACCGGGCGACCAAGAUGCGGUUGCAGAUGCCAUGCGGGAAGUCGACAUGUACCGCAUGUUUCAACAUGAGAAUAUUGUUAAAGUUUUGAAUACCAGUAUUACAACAGAAAAGGACGGAACGAAAACUGUCUAUAUCUUCUUGCCUUAUUUUAAGCGUGGCAACUUGCAAGACAAUAUCAAUGCCAACAAUUUGAACAAAGCGCAUUUUCCCGAACGAGACCUGUUCCGCUUCUUCCGCAAUGUCUGUUACGCCGUCCGUGUACUGCAUACAUUUCGACUUCCAAGGGUUCCGAUGAGAAACAACGACGAAGAAGAAUCACCUGCUCUAGACACCGAGAACCAGCGUAUGGUCACCAUCUCAUCGGGUCACACGAUGACCCCAUCAAAACCGUACCACCACACCAAUGGCUAUCAACGAACAAAGGAUGCCGAAGAAGCAACAGUGGUUCCCUAUGCACAUCGAGAUCUGAAACCCGGCAAUAUUCUUAUUGCAGAUGAUGGCCAAACGCCGAUUUUAACCGACUUUGGAUCUAUCAUGCGAGCGCGCAUCACAGUUAAAACGCGGCAGGAUGCGUUAAUACAGCAGGAUCUCGCUGCAGAACAUUCGACAAUGGCCUAUCGCUCUCCAGAACUAUACGAUAUUCAAAGAGGGACUGAGCUGGAUGAAAAAGUGGAUAUAUGGAGCCUCGGAUGUCUAUUGUAUGCUACUGCCUAUGGUCAAAGUCCAUUCGAGAUGAAUACACAUGAUGUGGGUGGAUCAAUGUCCCUGGCUGUAUUGAAUGGACAGUACAAGUUUCCAGCACAAGGCGAUCCAUACAGUGAUGGACUAAGAGAACUUAUCAAAUCCAUGCUGGUAGUAAAUCCGAAGGAACGGGCUGACAUACAAUCGGUCAUUGAUGAAGUUGAUAGGCUUUUGGAAUUUACUUCAGCUUGAUACUCCUUAUACUCUUCCGCACAUUCUCCUUACCCAUUUGGCAUAUAUGUAACCAUCGCACCCUCUCCUUUUUGUUUCCGUUUCCCAACAUGCUACUAGUAGUUCCUCUCUCUCGCAACCUCAAAUCCAUUAGCAUUCACUUAGACUCCAUAAGUCUUGUUUUAGUUCAUAUUUUAGAAUUAAGUACAGAUUUUGCAUAUCAUUUCGUAUAAUCUUAUAUUAUUCUCCAUUAUUUUCUCUAAAUCAAUUUUUUUCUACUGAAAAGUACCAAUGUGUGUGCGUGUGUGCGCGCUGCUCAUGCGUUACAUGUUACGUGUC